AUGCCGGCCAUUCUGGAGGACCCAGCCGCCCCGACCAUCUAUCGUAUAUCGGGCGACCCUCCGUAUCCGGAUCCCGCGAAGCCUUCGGUCCCGGCCUCUAUUGUCCCUCGCCAUGUGACGCUUAGAGACCGGCAGACCGAGGCCACCGUCAUUCCGUUUGCAUCCCGGGAUGAGGUACCCGAGUCAUUGCUGCGCUAUCUCAGCGACCAGUUCAGCAAAGAGAUCGAGGGCGGUGAUACCUACCCCAUGAUGGAGCCCAUGUCGUUUGACAAGUUUGCUGCCUAUUGGUUCCAGAACUUUGCCGGUAUCAUGCUGUUGGGCAACAUUGAAAGCGCUGCCGAUGUGAUCGAGGGUAAAGACUGGUCCAAGGAGUGCCUUGGCACUUUCUACAUCAAGCCCAACUACCCCGGCCGCAGCAGCCACAUCUGCAACGCGGGCUUCAUUGUCACUGAUGCCUCCCGCAACCGCGGUGUUGGUCGGCUGAUGGGCGAGACGUACCUCGAGUGGGCUCCCCAACUCGGCUACAAGUACUCCGUCUUCAACCUCGUCUACGAGACCAACGUGGCCUCGUGCAAGAUUUGGGACGCCCUCGGCUUCAAGCGGAUCGGCCGGGUCAAGGGCGCCGGCAACCUCAAGAGCCACCCGGACCGGCUGGUGGACGCCAUCAUCUACGGGCGCGACCUGGGCGACGCGGCGGGCGGCGCGGGCAACGAGGAACUUCGUUUCGACAAGAUCAAGUUCUACCUCAAAUACGGCCGCUAUCCGAACGGCGCUGACCGAGCCGAGAAAAGCAGACUCCGUAGCGCGGCGACACACUACAAGCUCCUGGAGGGCGACGUCUUGAUGCUCAAGGAUAAAGAGGUCAUCUCGGACCCGCAGCGGCAGUACGAGAUUGCGAGGAUGGUGCACAACCAGGCCCACGCCGGCAUCAACAAGACGACGGCGACCAUUGCGGAGCGGUACCACUGGAGCCGGAUCAAGGAGACGGUGUCGGAUGUAAUUAGGAACUGUACAGAAUGCAAAGAGCUGGGGAAGCCAUCAUCAUCAUCAUCAGCUGCCGCUGCCGCUGCUUCACAGUCUUCGCAAACAACAGCUGCCCAACCAUCACCUGCUCUUGCCGCCGUCAACGGCGUAAAACGACCCAGUUCUGUAACACUACCUGGAGCCCCCAAUCCUAAACGGUCCUCUCCCAGUCCCACUGCUACAGCUGUCGUCGUGGCCGCCCCGUCUUCUUCCUCAACCACAACACUACAGCAGCAGCCAAGGCCACCAAUACCCGACCCGCCCCACUUGGGGCCGUUUACCGUGCCAAGGCAACAACAACAACCUCACCCACCACCGCAGUAUACCGAUCCGACGACGAUAUCGCUUUUAUCAUCAGCCAGUCACAGUCACGGAAUCGACACGGGUUCGGGUCCUGGUGUUGAUGCGGCCAUGGAGGGGGCUGGGCAUCAUGAUGCCCACCACCACCACCACCAUCCACAUCACCAUGUGCAAGUGACGGAUGUGUACCAGCCUAUUGAUCCGCAGAUUAUACAAUCUUCUUUGCACCAUCAUCAUCAUCAUCAUCAGCAGCAGCAGCAGCAGCAGCAGCAGCAUCACGAUGACGGUUUGGUGCACCCGGGGUAUUUGUUAGGGGAUGUGCACCACCCGCAUCAUCAUCAUCAGGAGCAUGAUGAGACGGAUGCUUUUCAGGCGUUGAUUAACGCUGGGGCGGAAGAGGAGGAGGUGGAGGAGGAAGAGGUUGUGGGCAGGAGGACGAGGGAGGAGGUGGAGGAGGCGGUGGAUAGGGAUUUGGAGAUGUUGAUUGAGGAGCCGGUUGAGGAGGAGGAUGAAGGAAAGGGGAGAGGGGGGAAGGAGGAGGGGAGUUUGAGUCCUAAGGGGGAGGUGCCAGCUACGCCUGUGCCAACCGAGGUCGGGGAUGAGGGGGGGAGGGUUGUGUAG